AUGGGAAGUAAAUUGUCAGAUUCUGGAACUCGGAAGAGCAAGUCUGUCAGUAGCAGGAGGAGAAAGAAGAGAAGAACUGAAGUUGAAUCGGACUCCAGUAGUAGCAGCAGCAGUAGUAGCAGUGAGAGUGAGAAUGAGAAUGAAAAUGAAAAUGGUCAGGAAAAACCCUCAGAUCAGCCUAGAGCUGACGAACAGGUAGAACUAUACGAUGUUAAAAUGGAGGAUGCCGAUAGUAAAGAAAACAAAGCUUUAAAGGAUGCUUCAACAUUGGAUAUUUUAAACAGUUUAGGCUUUGUUACGGAUAAGAAUAUAGAUUUUGAAGCCAAAUUGGAAACCAAUGAAAAAUUGAACACAUACAGAGAAGAACUACUAGACAAGUAUUUGAACUUGCAACUUAGACAAUACGGGAAUGAAAUCAACCAGCUGCAAGAAAGUGAUGAUUUUCACACUCAAAAAUCAUUGGUUCUGAUAGCCAAACUAUUAAAAGAGCAUGGAGAGUUGUUUAAUGACGAGGCACUGAAGGGAAUAUUGGGAGAGUAA